UUUUAAAGUCAGCGGUGAAUGAACCUCUUCAAAUGAUUUUGAGGAUUUUCUCUCAAUUCAGGGACGGGAUCUAUGCGGCCCUGUUGGCAGUCGGAACAUUCUACCUCAUUUUCUUCGUCUCCAUCGUCCUCCUCAUUUUCCUCAAAUACAUGGGGGAGAGGUGCGUGGGAUCCUCCUCCUCCGGAACCCAACACCACCUGAUGGGGGAGUCCAGGCCGGAGAGACCCAGAGACACAAUACACCAUAUGCAACAUCAACAGAGUAAACUGAUAAAGCGAACCUCAUCUGUGGGCGGGGGGACUUCAAGUCGGGCGCACAAAGGGUGUCAUCGCAGCCAUGCAGGUACCUUCCAACUGGGCGCCAUCCGAAUCAAGUGACCCUUUUUUCUACAUUUCUACUGACAUCACUACAAGUGCUUUGACGCUUUGAUUUUUAAGACAGAAUCACAUCUUAGUUGUGACUUUAUUUUUUAAAAGGUUGUUGUGCAGUUUCGAAAUGAUGUGAUGUAUAUUUUGUAGAUAUUUGUGUGUUUUUA